AUGCGCAUGACAUUUUGGCGGGACCCCUUCGCCGAAGCUGACGAAGACACCGGCGAGACUAAACAGUCUCAGAAUUAUAUCCAUAUCCGGAUUCAGCAGCGCAAUGGCCGUAAGACCUUGACUACCGUCCAGGGUCUUCCUAAGAAGUUCGACCAGAAGAAGAUUCUGAAGGUGAUCAAGAAGAAAUUCGCCUGCAAUGGAACCAUCGUCAACGACACUGAGAUGGGUGAUGUGAUUCAGCUGCAAGGAGACCAGCGUAAAGAUGUUCAGGAGUUUUUGACCGACAAGAAGGAAGGUCUCGAGCUGGAUGCCAAGACCAUCAAGGUCCACGGUUUCUAA